AUGGUCCCUGACCCGGAGUCGCGGGCCGGAUCAUCCCCGAAAAGAAAAGGAGGGAAAAACGGCCAGCAGCCACCUUCCAAAAUCCCCCAUCCUAUCUCCCUCAUAAUCGAUCCCAAAAUUUUCAGUAUGGCUUUGAAGACUUGCAUUGCGAUUUUGGCGACUGUGGGCUUUGCGACCGCGCAGACCAGUGUUGUCUCGCUGUUUAUUCCCGACACUGACCCACAGCCUUUGGCCGCCUCCCUGGUAGCACAGGGCGCUGGUACCACAACUUAUAGCAUCAAUUGCCCUCCCGGUACUGAUGGCUCGGAUUGUGGAAUGGGACCUGGAAUGUGGUACACCUCAGGCCCUAAGACCGUGGAAUGGGCAAUGAGUGACCCUGCGGAUGGAUUCUGGGGGCGCAUUGUCUGCUCUAUGGGUGGCACGACCACUGCUGUUUGCACGGAGAUGAUGAGCGGUACUGGGGCCAAUUUCCCAGGGACGUCGACAGGCCAUUUGGCCCAGAGCGAUAUUACACUUAUCCCUGUCACUGUCACCGCUGGUCCUACUAGCACAGCCUCUGCAUCUACCACGACUGAUUUGACGGGCUCAACCUCCACAUCUAGCUCUAGCAACGUGCAUGCUACCGGAGGCACUGCCUCGUCUGCCUCGGCGGCAUCUUCAACUAUCGUCGCUUCUCAUACCAGCACUGGGGGCUUGUCCCGAGUCACUGGUAACCCCUGUGUGGUCUUUGGGGGUGCAGCAGCGGCAUUUAUCGCGGCUGCUUUGUGA